GAGAAACAAGAGAGACCGUUUGGUUCACGGAGGAAGUCGUCGUCUUCUUAAACAUAUUCUGCAGUUCUGAAGAAAGCCAAAAGUCUGGGAGUUCAAGGAUUUACUGGAUCGCACCCAAUCUUGGUAAUCAACUGGGAGUCCUACAAAAAAAACAACUGGGAGUCUGACAUCUAGCUUCCUAGCAAUAUUAGCACACAUAUGUCUGUAACUGGCUAGCCAAGAAGAACAGCAAUGGACUCACGUCAGCUUCCCUACCGGUCAGAAGUGGGCAGCUGGACUCCAGAUAACCUGGCAGACUACUUCAAGAGGUUAAACUACAAGGACUGUGAGAAAGUUGUCCGGAAACAUAGCAUCACUGGGCAAAGGUUUCUGAACAUGUCUGAAAAUGAUAUCCAGAAGUUUCCAAAGCUAAGAGUACCAAUUCUAAGUAAACUGAGUAUGGAUAUAAACCGCAAUGAAGAAAGAAGAAGUAUUUUUCCAAAAUGUACAUAUACACAGAAGGCUCCUCAAAAUACAGACUUCAGACAAGAAGAAAGCGAUAGCUGGUCUUCUUUUGACAGUGAUGACUAUGAAUGUCCAGAUGACCAGGAACCUGGAGUAGACUAUGAAACACCAAAUGAUGAAGAUAGUAUAGAAGACGAAAACGAUGGCGAUUAUGAACCUCCUCCUUCAAAUGACGAUGAGGCACACCGUAAUGCUAUAUUUCCUUCCAAAUCGAUUCCGGCACCCUCUGAAUACAUAGAUAGAUCUGUAGCAGUUAAAACAUCUCUUCAGCCUCCUGUUCCUCCUCAGAGGUCUGUUCCCUCUCCAACACCAGCAGCUCAGGGAGGCAGAGGUGCUGGGCAGCCACCGUUCACUUCACUUUCAAGCAAUGACAGCAGUGGAGAAAAAAACAUCAAGACUUUUAAACCUUUUGUAGAUCGAACCAAAAAGCCCCCACUGAAUCGAUCUGGGCCACCAUUUGACAGAGACCUACUAAGAGGAGUCAAAAGAGUAAUGCCUUCUGAAAUGUCUUUGACACCACAGCUCAGAUCUCUGGGAGAAGAGCUGGCAAAGAUUCAAAAGCCUCCUCUGCCAUCAAAUGAAAAACAUGAGAGACAUAAUCCUGCCACUAGAAGGAUGCCACCACCCAUACAGAACAGCCAAGCAUCUGAAAGAAAGUCAGAAGUGAGUACUCUGAUCACAAAAGUGGAAGAUGUCAUUUUUGUUGUUCUCUUUGUAGAUGUUCCCCAAAGACCAGUUCCUCAGCCACCUUCGCAAUUCUUUAAUACAUUCCCUUCCAGGACUACUAAACCCGUAUCUAAACAGAGUCCUUUGCCACCCAAGAAUAUACCUGAUGCAUACACAGAAAGCACCGUUUCAUCAAGUGGAUCGCUACCAUCACGCCUUCAGCCAAGCGGCAUCUCAAGAACCUUUUCCAAAGGCAAAGCAGACAGCAAACUACCACUUCCAAUCCCGAACAGACAAACUACACAAACACCCAACACUGAAUAUGAAAAGGAGCAAGAAUUCUACAAGGCCUCUCUAAAUCAGAAGUGGUAUGCUGCCGAUAUCACCCGGACAGAAGCAGAAGUUGCCCUUAGGAACAUAAACAAGGAUGGCACUUUCUUAGUUAGGAACAGCUCAAGAAAAACUCUUGAACAACCCUAUGUCUUGAUGGUGUUGUACAAUGACAAAGUAUACAAUCUUCAGAUGCGAUACCACCUGGAAGAUCAAGUAUACUUCUUAGGAACUGGUCUGAGGGGAAAUGAGGAUUUUACUUCAGUGGGCGACAUUAUUGAUUACUACAGAAAAGCACCUCUUCGACUUAUAGAUGGAAAGGACCGUGGUUCAAGACAACAGUGCAUGUUAACGUAUGCCGCUGGAACUCUUUAGAAGAAAUUUUUUAAAUUAAGAAUCGGUUCAGAAGCCACCUUAUUUGUCUCCCAAAGAAGUUAGCGGCAUAAUUGAUGUAUAUUUGAUCAACUGAAAUAAAAACUAAUUAUCUCUGAUUUUAUGUAAUAUAAUUAAAUCACCUCAGUUUUCAAAGUUUACUCCCUUUAUCAUCACGUAUUAUUUCUCAUUAAGCAUACGCUUGUGGAACUGUUCAUGAGUGUGAUGUUGAUUCUCCUAAAUCUAUAUUGAGUAUUGUUAGCUCUGUGAUCUUUGUAAUACUUUCUUCAAGUACAAGAUUGUGCUGUUUUUAUAGGAUGGCACUGUAAAAUUAUCAUCCAAAUUAUAUGUAUAUAGUAAUUAAUACAAACAGCAGAAUACAGUUCAAUGUUUAAUAGUUUUGACCUUGCGAGGAUUACACAUGCUAAUGUUUAGGCUUUGUGGAAACAUAUGUUUGCUAUAUUUCACGCACGGUGAUAAGAGUUAUUUGCAGACCUUGUAUUUACAAAUGGAACAAGAAUCAAUAAAUGUACCCGUUUUAUA